UCUGUCCUGUCCUUUUAAAUUUCCUCCUCCUUUAAUAAGCCUCUCGUUUUUCCAAAACAAAACGCGUGUGGGGCGGAAAAAGCUUAUGUGAAUGUUGAAAUCGUGAUAUACUCUAGUAAGUUUCUCCAAUGUGGCCCGAAUUUUAAGAUGCAGCCAGCUAACAAGAAGCAAAGGAUCACUAAGGAAUCGUCGCUCAGCGAGCUAGCCUCGUGCAUACGAGACACGGCUUCAACAUUGGCUUCCAUUGGUAAUACUCACAAGGUCAUUUUACAAUCAAACGAUAUCAUUGUUAAAUACUUGCUUGAUGAGAAACGAAAGAGGCUGGCCUGCCUCGACAAAGAAAUUGAUCUGUCCAAUAUAAUAUCAGCUCGGUCCAGGGAGCCCACAGAAGAAUCGCCGAAUCCCACCAACAGUACUUAAGCUUUGUUUGUUGCUUCACGACACAUUGCCCAUAAAGAAUCAAUAUGAGUGGAAACAAUUCAAAGGCUGUGUCAUUUACCAAUGGUUAUUGUACACUUGCGGAUGGUCUUGCAUCCGGUCUAGAAGACUGUUUGGCUGAAAAUGUUGUCCUGGAUUGGUUUGGCAAGACAAUCAAAAGCAAAUCCAAUGUCGCCGCGUUUAUGAAUACCCACAAAGUCAAUUCGAAACAUGUAUUUAGCAAAAUUAGUUCAACGAGCAAUAUUGGGUACAACAAGAAGCUUCGUGUGAGAUCAAGGCGAAGAUCAGUAAACACAAGCAACUUGUCCGUAGUCAGUAGUAGAAAUAUUUCAAUUGAACUUCGUCCAACUUACAACAGUACACCCAAGACCCCAACGAUAGGGACUGUAUCUGCAGGGGAUAGAUCGCGUUCGUUAUUGAAAAAAGACGCAGAAGAAAGUAACAUUGAAGAAAAUGAUCUCACAUGCGAAUUAAGGGAUGAUGACUUUAGCAAGAUAUUCAAAAUAGAAAAAAUACAGUCAACAAACAUAAGAGAGAUCGAACAAAAACUAAAUCAAAUUAGUUUAGAGGAUAAACAAAAGAUGAUUCCACUUAGAAAAAUGGAUUCUAAAGAAACUAAUGAAUCCACAAAUCAGAGUGGAAAAGGGUCUUUGAUGAACUACGUCGAGGCCCAUGGAGAAAUUUUGUUUUCCAAAAAAUCGCGGAGAAUAAGUGGCUUGGGUGAGAAGCAAAUAAUGUCAUCAAGCAUAACUCACACAUGGAGAAAACCCUGUAAACUACAAAUUGCUUAUACAUCGCAUCAAGAGUCUGCAAAACAAACAUCACCAACAAUUAAUAACAAAUUUACAUCUUCCUUUUCAAGGUAUUCUGGUUCUAGCAAACUGCUAAAUUUCAAAGAGACAAGUGAGAUUAGAAAUUUUUUAAUGUCAAAAGACAACCAUUUUGAUAGAUUUCUUGAUAAUUUUAGGGUGGACAAAAAAGAAGAUAAUUUCUUCAAAUAUCUUGGAGAACAUUUGUCAAAAAAUGAAGCAAAUAAAUUAGGACUUGUUUCUAGGUAUGUUGAUGAUCAAUUAGUAUUUCAUAAAAUAAUGCGUGAUGACGAUAAUGAUGUUCAAAGUGAUUUUCUAUUUAAUCAUACGAUUCAUGUGAUUAUUUACGAAGGUAGGAGCCGUUGUAGGAUUAAUCUGUCCCAAAAAUUUUCAUAGCUGUAGGAGUGUUAUAAAUUUAAUUAUUGAAAAAUAAUGUUUCUAAAAAAAACUGCGAGUGUUGAAUUAUACACACGUAUUUUGCAGUUAUCAUUUUUGCUUGUGAAAUGAUUAUAUAAUUUUUACUCACUAUUGAUUCAUUUUUACAUAUUUUAUUUAUGUUGUUACACAAAACAAAGAAAGAAUUAUUCUGCAUUUACACUCAAUUAUUUGAAAAACUGACAAAUUAACUGCGAUUUUACAUACAACAGUACAUUUAAAUAAUAUGCAUAGUAUUUAAAUCUUGGAUAAAUAAUUAUUUCAAUCUCCUAAAACAUUGGAUUUUUAUUACAGAUCAUUAGAAACAAUUAAGUUGUUAUUUGAAAGAACUGGGUGAAAUUUUCCCGCCAAUUUUUUUUUUUCUUUGUGUAACAUGUUGUUUAUCGAAAAAAUUACUAAUAACUUCUUAAUUUCUGUUAGUAAACUAUUCUUUGAAAAAUCUGGCUGUAAAAAUGGAGGUGAAUGUCAAUCCUAGAGUUUUAUUUUGUUUAAUAAAAAUCACUAUUUUAUUAAAUAUGAAAUUGUGUUA